CCGCCGCGGGGCUGCCGGGCUGAGGGGGCCGGGGCUGGGAUCCUGGCAGGGCCCGGCGCGGGGGUGAAUCGGGCUAGCCGCGGGGGCAGCGCUCGGCCGGGCGCUGGGGACGGGGCUGGGGCAGGAAUAAGCUCUCGCCGCUUCCCGGCGGGAGCAUCCCGGAGCGGGUCCUUCCUCCGGCAUUUCCUCGCGUGUUCCCUUGCCGCCCCUCGCCCUCCCAGGAGAGCCGCCCCCGGGACGGUGUGACGAGGCCCGGGCUCUGGGCAGAGACGGCGAUCCCCGCAGAUCCCCACCGCAGCCGCCCCCGUGUCCAGCGGGGAAGCCGGGAGCGUGGGGCGGAGGGCGGCCCGGGGCUGCGGAGCCCCCCGGCCAUGGAGCAGGUCCAGAUGAUCAACAUCCAGCGGCUGCUGGAGGCGGCUGAGUAUCUGGAGCGAAGGGAGAGAGAGUGUGAACACGGCUAUGCCUCAACCUUCCCCUCAGCUCCAAGCCCAGGACUACAAGACCCAAAGCCCACACGGAGGCUGAGCCGGGCACGGAAAUACAGCGGCAGUGGCAGCAUUGCCAGUAUUGCCACCAGGUCUACGCACAACGAACUAGAAAAGAACCGCCGAGCUCACCUCCGCCUGUGUCUAGAACGCUUAAAAGUUCUGAUACCGCUUGGACCAGACUGCACCCGGCACACCACGCUUGGGCUGCUCAACAAAGCCAAAGCACAUAUCAAGAAACUUGAAGAGGCUGAAAGGAGAAGCCAACACCAGCUUGAGAACCUGGAACGAGAACAAAGAUUCCUAAAGAGAAGACUGGAACAACUACAGGGUCCUCAGGAGAUAGAGCGAAUACGAAUGGACAGCAUUGGAUCUACCAUUUCCUCGGAUCACUCGGACUCGGAGCGAGAAGAGAUUGAAGUGGACGUUGAAAGCACAGAGUUCUCCCAUGGAGAAGUGGACAAUAUCAGCACAACCAGCAUCAGUGACAUUGAUGAUCACAGCAGCUUGCAGAGUAUUGGGAGUGAUGAGGGUUACUCCAGCGCCAGUGUCAAGCUCUCGUUUGCUUCCUAGAACCAAGUGAGACAACAGUGCAGGGUGAAUGAUUUCACUGGGGUGAUCAGACUGGGUCCUAGAUGCCAGUAUCCUCUUUCAGAAUUGACAUAUUGACAGCUAGGCCUGGAGAGACCUGUAUAUAAAGCUUUUUGGGUAAAGGAAGCCUCCCCAGAAACCCAUAUUUGUUCAUUUGGUCAUGUUACCAAUCCCAAUUUCUGCUGGCAAAAAGUUAGGCCAAACACUAGUCCCUUUGCAGUCAAUGAAAUCUGUUUGUUUCUGUGGGACCUGGAUCUAGACCUUAGUGAUGAAACACUUUGUUUUGAAUUUAUUUGAAAUUGUUUGAAAGAGGAUACUACUCAUCCCUCUCUUUCUGUCAUGAGAUCUGAGAAAUGUCAAAAUUUUCUACACUGCAUUCAGGUUGAACAACCUAAUUUAGGCCCUUCUGAAGAGCUUUUGUGGUCCUAAAAGGACUGUAUCCUACAGUUUAUCACAAUCUAAUGCUGUCAUAAUGUACUAGGAAAUCUAAGAAGGCUAGGAAUAACAAUGACAAUAAUGAUUAAGGUCUCAUUCUGUGCCCAGAGGGAGAGGGGCAGCGAUGUUCAGGGGAGAACACCAUUCAACUCAGCUUUCUGUUGGGCAUCAUUUAAACAGUGAGUACCUCUGAAGCGUGGCUAAAGCAAGAGGUACACACCUGUAAUCUACCAGCACAGGGUGGGCUGUCGUGCCUGGGGCUGUGCCAGCGCCAGCAGGUCCCUGGUAGAUGUGUGCCCCUCGCAGGCACACGGCCAGCUGAGGGCAGAACGAAACCAGCACUCGAGAGGUGACACACCAGACAGUCAUGCCCAGAUACUGAGCCACUAUGACCUUUUUAUUUAAAGCGAUUUUUUGAUAAACAUUUGUAAAUGUGUUGGGAGGGAAAACACCCUAAGUCUGAUGCAUCUUUUUAGAGCUUGUCCAUAUGAAACCUUAGAUGUCUUUUAUAUGAAUUUAUGCCAUGAAAAGAUCUCUGUUUUGAUGAAGCACUUGACCCAAUGAAAUGCAAAGAUCCUUUUUUUUUUGCCGUGCACACAAAGGAUGAAGGCUGUGCUAAGCUGGAAGAGGCCAGGUUUGGUGGGGGUUUCUUCAGUUUUCUUUGUAGAAUCAUUCCCUUUGCUGACUUUUGAAGUUCCAGUCCAGUAGUUAACCUAGUUAAGCUCAGCACGUCUCUCAUGUUAAUGUAACGUUUUGACUGCACGUCCUGUUCCCAAGGGCCUUGCCAUCUUAUCUGUGCAGGUGCUGUUAAGAGCUGUUAUAGCGAAUGUUUUCUAAUUUUCUCCAAGACAAGCAUUCUAACCUGCACUUUGAGGGCUUUGCUUUUUUAUUUUUGUCAUUUUAAUGGCCAGGAUUAUUUUGUUUUCCAAGUUUUAAAAACCAUAAUAGAGUCUUCACCUAUGGCAUUGUUUGAUACUUUGUAUAUCCUUAAGUAAUUUAAUUACCCCUCAUACUAAGAAAAAAAAAGAGGAAAAAAAUGCUUUAUAAAAUUCAUAACUUAUUGCUGAUUUGAAUGGGUUGUUAAUUUCAGUCCUUUAGAUUUUAUUUUAUUGUUUUAGAUAGGGUUGGGUAAAAAGAGGUAAAAUAAAGUAAAAAAAUAAAGACAACCAUAUUUAGCAGUGCAGUGGAAUUGUGUUUAAAUGUUAGCAUAUGGUCCCCAUUAAAGUAGCACUUUAACGCCAUUAAACAUUUCUGUAUCUGAAAUGAGUUGUGUUCUUCCAUCUUGGUCAUUCCUGUCACUUCAGCUGAUUGCUGUUCUUCUUGUGCCCUUCGGUCCUGCGGUGACAUCCUGAGCAAGUCUCAUGUAGACUUCUGCACUGUGAUAAGUUGCCUGUGUUCAAAUACUCUGAUGUUUGCCCCACUCUCCAAAAUGUGUCAUUCCCUGUAAGAGGCACAACACACGUGCAUGAGUAGAGAAAUAAUUUUUCCAUGGCUGUAAUGAAUGAUUUCUCUUCAGUCUGGGUUUUUUUAAAUUAAUUUGCAUACUAAGUUUGCAUCUGGUUGCAGUUGUUAAAUGUGUUUUCACUUGUGUGCAUGUAAUCCAGUGUCUCAGUCCAUCUGUUCUUCUUUCUGGGAGGUUACCUGGCAGGAGCAGGAGGCUGCCAUAGAGUGAAUUAAGUUCUAGGUUACAAAUGGAGCCCAAGGGCUUUGAAAGAAGAAAUGCUGCUUGGAUUUAUGUUUGGGGUCCAUAUGAUCUCUGGAUGACACAAAGCUCAGAACAGCGUGUAGAGUGGUGAGAAGUAGGAAACUUUAGCUCUAGCAAGACCUUAUUUAUUUAUUCAUUAUUAUUCUCCUCGGAAGUGUUGACCACUGGUAGUGCCGAUGCUGAGCAGUUGGAUACCAGUGGAAUUUAUUUAUUCAUGAGCCCUUUUCUAUAGCUGUCCCAGCACCUCCUCUUUCCUGUUAUUCCUGUUUGUGUUAAAUGCCCACUUGGGGAAGAAAUACCACGGCUGAGAAGCACUGAAGUUCAAGGGAGGGAGAAUGGUCGUGUUCUCCUAGUUGGUAUAAAACAGUGAUAUAUCUAUGGUUGGAAUAAAUGCAUUUGAAAUGUUUGUUUGUAA